GUUUUCUUGUACGACGUAAUUAAAGAAUCUCUUCUGUGUCUUAAUUUGGUUUGCUUCUCAUUGGAGUAAGGUCGUAUGGAGCCUAAAUCGAUUGUACUUGUGGGAAUCUACGAUUUCAGGGUUUCUGAUUACAAGAUUGGAAUCAGAAAAGAAUCGACUUUUCCAUUACACAGAACACUCUGCUACUUACUGUUAUGUCUUUUAGUCUUCGUAAAUGGUUUGCCUUGUCUCGGCCACGAGAACAUGUUUGAUGUGAAAGCUUUAUAUGUUGGGAAGGAAUUGGGGAGAGAAACUAUGUCAUUGCAAUCAGGUUCUCGGGUUUACAAGUUAGAAGGACUAAAGUCUAAUUCUUGUUAUGAAGUGAAGAUAUCAUACCCUGCUUCUAUACCAGCUCGGUUUUCGCUGAAACUACUCAAGAACCGUGAAAUGGGAUUGAAGCUAAACCAGAUGAGGAGAUUACUAAACACUGAGAAGUUGAUGUUCAAGGUGGAAAGUCUUGAAGAAGUUAACAAUAAGGCUGGAUUGAAUGUUUUGGUGACCGUGGAACCCGAGGGGAUUGUGGCAAUACCAAAUUCCAAAGAAAGAUCUUUCAUCAUUUACAAUAUAGGCAAGCUCUUACAUUAUGUAUCCAUUUACAUUGAGAGAUAAGCACUCUUUUGCAUCUUUGUACCUACUUCUAAGUCUCAAAACUCUUUGGUAACAAAAACAGUUUGUGAAGAACAACUCAUGGGCAUACCUUAUUCAAGCUCUUCAGUGGUUAUAUUAGUAGCUUUGUGUCUUGUGGUGGCGUUUAUAGUUCCUCGAUUCCUACCAUCCUCUGUUCUUAUAAAAGAUCAAGGUGUAG